UUCAGCUGCUCCGGGCGCUGUUGUUUGGGGUUUGGGCCUCCCGAGGGGCGUUCUCUGGAGGGUCGCCGGUGCAGGCUGCAGUGACAGGGCCGCUUGCCCGCGCCCCCUCCCCCCGCCUCCGCUCCCGCCUCGGCGCAGCGUCCGCUCGCGGCCUCCGCGACCCGCAGGCCCAACAUGGCGCAGGAGGUGUCGGAGUACCUGAGCCAGAACCCGCGGGUGGCCGCCUGGGUGGAGACGCUGCGCUGCGACGGCGAGACCGACAAACACUGGCGCCACCGCCGCGAGUUUCUGCUCCGCAACGCCGGGGACCUGGCCCCCGCCGGCGGCGCAGCCUCCGCUCCCCCGGAGGAGGCCGCCGACGCCGAGAGCGGGAGCCGUAGUCGGCAGCUGCAGCAGCUCAUCUCCUUUUCCAUGGCCUGGGCCAACCACGUCUUCCUCGGGUGCCGGUACCCUCAAAAAGUUAUGGAUAAAAUACUUAGUAUGGCUGAAGGCAUCAAAGUGACAGAUGCUCCAAUCCAUACCACAAGAGACGAACUGGUUGCCAAGGUGAAGAAAAGAGGGAUAUCGAGUAGCAAUGAAGGGGUAGAAGAGCCGACAAAAAAACGAGCCAUAGAAGGAAAAAACAGUUCUGCAGUUGAGCAAGAUCACGUGAAAACUCCUGCCAAAACAGAACGUGCAUCAGCUCAGCAGGAAAGCAGCGUAACGUGCUCUGGGUCAUCUACCAAACCAGAGAGUAGUGGGAACUCGGCUCGGAGCUCUGGCACCCUGAGUCAGAACAGCUCCACGAGUGAUGGAGAGCGAUCUGCUUCCAGCCAAGGCGGCAGCAGCAUUCCCUCUCAGGUAACAGCAGUAGGGUCUGGAAAAGCUUCUGAGCCAGAAGCUCCAGAUAAACAUGGUUCAGCGUCGUUUGUUUCUUCGUUGUUGAAAUCCAGUAUCAAUAGUCAUGUGACCCAAUCCACUGAUUCCAGACAACAGAGUGGAUCACCAAAAAAGAGUGCUUUGGAAGGCUCUUCAGUCUCAGCCUCUCAAAGCAUCUCAGAGAUCGAGGUGCCCUUGUUGGGCUCCUCAGGAAGCUCAGAAGUAGAGUUGCCACUGUUGUCUUCUAAACCUAGUUCAGAGACAGCUUCAAGCGGGUUAACUUCCAAACCUAGUUCAGAGGCAAGUGUUUCGUCAUUGGUUUCUAAAAACAGUUCAUCAGGCACAUCUUUACUGACCCCCAAGAGCAGCACCUCAGCAAACACGGUGCUGACUUCCAAAAGCACUUCGCAGGUAGCUGCAUCACUGUUAGCUUCCAAGAACAGCUCCCAGACCAGUGGCUCUCUGGUUUCUAAAAGCACUUCCAUAGCAAGUGUGUCCCAGCUGGCUUCUAAGAGUAGUUCACAGACUAGCACGUCACAGCUGCCUUCUAAAAGUGCUUUGCAGUCGAGUGAGAGUUCUGUCAAAUUCUGUUGCAAGUUAACCAAUGAAGAUGUGAAACAGAAGCAGCCUUUUUUUAAUAGGCUGUAUAAAACGGUGGCAUGGAAGUUGGUGGCUGUUGGUGGCUUUAGUCCCAAUGUGAACCAUGGAGAGCUCUUAAACGCAGCUAUUGAGGCUCUGAAAGCAACACUGGAUGUGUUUUUUGUCCCGCUAAAAGAACUGGCAGAUUUGCCUCAAAAUAAGAGCUCUCAAGAAAGCAUUGUUUGUGAAUUGAGAUGUAAGUCUGUGUAUUUGGGCACUGGCUGUGGAAAAAGCAAAGAAAACGCAAAAGCAGUUGCAUCAAGAGAAGCCUUGAAGUUAUUUCUCAAGAAAAAGGUGGUGGUAAAAAUAUGUAAAAGGAAAUACAGAGGCAGCGAAAUAGAAGACUUAGUACUCCUCGAUGAAGAGUCAAGGCCUGUAAACUUACCUCCAGCAUUAAAACAUCCUCAAGAAUUACUGUAAUACAUCCAAAACAUCACUGCGUACAAAUAUCUGCUAUUUGAAGAGGAAAAACUGGCUUACUUUUGUAUACUACGAAACACAGGCUUUCACAAAUUUUGUAUUGCUUUUUUCCAGUUUUGCAGAAAAUUGACAUUCUAGUUCUCUUCACACAGUGGAAGUUGUAAAUAAUUUGUGAAUGACAGUAUACAUUCAAAAGUUUAUGCAUUAACAGCAUACCAGUAUCCUGUUUUAUUUGCUGAAGAAAAUACUGUCUUCUAUUUUUAAAGACACAUUAGGUACGGUGUGUAGUUCUGUAGUCUUAAAAUUUUUGUACUACUUUGAAUUUGGUGAAAGUGUAUUAAGUUGUCUACCAUGCUUUUUUUUUCCUAGCUGAAUAAACCUUCACAUCAAAGAAAAGGGGACCAUAGUAUUUGAAUGAAAGUCUGUGAAGCUUAAGGUUUUAAGAAUGUUGCCCAUAAUGUUGAACAUGUUUGUUAAAGAAUAAAAGAGAAAAUAGUUGCCUCAGACUAUUUUUAUGAGAAGUUGUAAGCAUUUUUUUAGGUAUAAAGCAGUGUAAAAUACUUAAGGUUAUUUUAUUCUGAAGUUGUUUGAAAUUCACCAUGAUUCUGACCUCUGAAGAUUCUUUAAGUGGGUUAAUUUAUGUUUUUGAGGUAAAAUACAAUUUACACUUUUUCUUAAAGACUUAAAUGUGGGUUUCAUAUUAAGCAUAUUUUGUGACUACUAUUAACAGAUUGAUUUGUUUAGAUAUUAAAUGCUUUAAGCUAUUUUACCUUUU